GGCAAACCCUAAUGCGACCGCUCACCACCGCUCAGACUUCGCAUUCGCGCUAGCUUACAUUGGAAGGGCGCCCAGUUGGAAGCUGAGCGGUCCAUUGAAAUUGAAUUUUCAAUAAAGAUCAGCGAUAAGAUUAGCUUACAAUGGAUUCCACCGCUUUUCAGGGGUAUCGUCCGACCUGCAUCUUUUCUCCUUCACAAUGUCGGCGCUUCGUUGAAAGCAAUGUCUGCCAAGAAAGUUGCAGCAUGUUGCAUGCUCUGAAGUUCGGCUACAGAAGAAUUUGCUGGCAAGAACCAGCUGGUAUUAAGAGGGGCAGCUUUCAAAGGCGUCGAAGCUGGCAAACAGGACUUUUUCUCCAACAAAGCAAGCUCGCUCGUUGCAGCUUCCUCAAGUCCACACCCGAGGACUUGGGCCAUAUAGCAGACAGUUCACAGCGCCCAGAAAGUCUACAAAAAUUUGGCGCUGGGCUUGGAUCGUGGGAGAGUUUGACGUGGCGCCUGGUGGCGCUGUGGGGCUCGGGAGCCAUUCUUGGGCCGCUUCUCGACGGCCGUCACUCCACCCACAAUGUUCUGCAUUAUGAAAACCCAACGGUUAUCCGCCUGGGCAGCUUCUUCCAACUGGAAACCUGCUGGUGGGUGCCCCUGCUCUUCGGAGGCGCUGCGGUCAUCCUGGGCAUUGGGCAUCCCCUACUAGACUCCAUCGAUCGCAAAUCAGAAGCGCUUUCACAGCUUGAAGCUACAUCACAACUAGCGGGUCUGGAAGGAGGAGCGCCCAUUAGAAGUUUUCUAAGAAAGGAGCCUACGGGCGGCUAUGCUCCCUCCUGGUCCUUUGUCUUGAUCAGCAUCGCCCUCUUUGCGAUGCAAUACGAUCUGAGCGGUGUCUUAGCGGAAAAGGCUAGCAGCGGCGAGCUCUCGUGGACUGCGGUGAAUCUAGCCCUGGCGGGGACUGCAAUUGCUCAUUGGGCCACCUUUGACCGAACUAGAAGCGGCCUUUUUUGGGCUGCGCUGACGGCGACAGUGGGCCCGCUCGUGGAGAUUGGUCUGAUCGAGGGCCUGCACUUGUACCACUACACGCAUCCCGACGUCUUUGGCAUCCCGCUCUGGAUCCCGUGGGUCUACUGGUGCGGGGCUCCUGCCGUUGGAAACCUCGGCCGAUGCAUACAAGCCGGCCUCGACUGACAAGGUUCACCCCAAGCUUCUGUCUCUAAGUAUAGCGUUCUGCUUAGGUCUUCAGGCAGAACUGUGCCUUUGAGAAUGAGGACGAACGAGUUGCGUAAUGACUAAGAGUUUGCAGAACAAAUCGACUUGAUCGCAGGAUUUGUAAGAGAGUCGCGCUCGUGCAGUUGUCCCGCAGGCCAAAUCAUAUUUUUGACCGAUAAGAUCCUAGUCUGUCUCAAGUGCACGUUACAGCAGAGAUUUAAGGCCCUAGAAACCAAUACUUGUGUGGUCUUCUGGAAGAGUCUUACAACUGCAUCUCGAUAAGCGUCGGACCGUAUCAUUCUGAUCAUAUAUAGCAUUUGCGUUCGUGCAAGCACAAGAAACUCAGUCCUGAUUCGGAAGCUAGCACAAGUCUAAAAACGCCAAACUGUUCUACGUUCAUG